AUGAACGUCUUCAAAGCUUUUAUCGCUGUACCUAUAAAUAAUAUCUAAAAAAAUGGUUUUCGUAGCUUAAGCAAAAAUUAACAGCUAUUCAACUUUAGUAAAUUCUACAAAAAACCUUCAAAACCUUGGAAUGACUCUACCUAAUUCAGAGAUGAAAGAAAACUGCAUACUUACUACAAUUUUGGUCUUUAUGCCUUCGUUUUUGGAUUGUGUUAUGCAAUGGUUCCCUUUUAUAAGUUAUUUUGUGAACACGUAGGUUUAUCAGGAAAUUUUGAACAAAAGGAUUACUCUAUGAAAGAUAAAUAGUUACAUAUCCAUAAGAAAUACAGAGUUGUGUUUAAAGCUGAAUCUGAUCCAGAAGUAGACUGGGAAUUCGAGCCAGUUUAAGAUGAAGUUAUUGUAAGUGCAGGUGAAACUGCUCUCGUCUUCUAUAGAGCUCACAAUAAAGAACCUGAUCCAGUUAUUGGAUUUGCUACUUACAAUAUCUUUCCAGAAGAUGCUUCUCUUUACUUUAGUAAAAUCUAGUGCUUUUGCUUUAAUCAAUAAUUGUUGAAUCCUCGUGAGGAACUUCAACUACCUAUUUACUUCUAUUUAGAGCCUGAAAUAGCUGAUGAUCCCUUAUUGUUACAUACAUAAGAAAUUAGAGUCUUAUACAGAUUCAUUAAGUGUAAGAAACAAGAUAUGCUUAAAUUCGUUGAAGAAGAGAAGAAGAGGAUAGAAGAAAAUAAGAAAGUUCUUGAACAAAUGAGAGUCAUAAAGCAAUAAAAAGAGAAGGAAUUAUAAAAGCAAAAAGAAGUUGAAAAUAGAAUUAGUGUUGUUAUGGAAAAUAAAUCUAUGAGAAGAUAAGCAGAGGAGUUAAUUAGAACGGACGAUUAAUAACCAGCACUAGCUAAGUGA